CCUCCCCCUGCAUCGCCCCGCACACACGCUACGCAGCUAACGUUAGCGCCGCACUCACCAACUCGUCAAUGGGAUACUCAGACUACGGACUUUUUUGGCUCCUGCGAAAAGCGUUAAACGGCUGAAUUCCUAAGGCUCUGUUUUUUUUUGUAAAAAAUUCAGAGCGGCGGCGGUAGCGGCACAGUUCAUCAUCAGGUUGAUUUAGUCUGUUGAAUCAGAAAUCCCACUUAUGAGUGAUAAGUAUGGGCACGGCGCGCGGAACGCUGAGGGGGGACGUUGUUGUGGUCCUCUUGCUGCUGUGUGAAGGUUCUUCAGGACUCUACUUCCCCCAGAACUUAUACUCAGAGACCAUCUAUGUGGGUCAGCCAGCCGGGGCUCCAUUGCUGCAGGUGCACUCUAUGAGAGAAACAUCUUCAGAGCGGCCCUACUUCAGCCUGUGCUGGAGGAAUGUUCAGAAACCACCACUGAUUGCAGCAUGGUUCCACAUAGAUCCAGUUUCUGGAGUUCUCUAUAUGAACAAAACUCUGGAGUGGACUGACUUUGACUCCUUGUCCAGCAGUGCAUUUGGGCAUGCAAAGAAGCUGAUCCUGAAAGUGGUAGCUGCUCCUGGAAACCAGAGGUCCAUCUGCCUUCACCACACUAAAGUGGACGUCAGCCUCACAUUCUUAAAUACCACAGCACCCUCCUGUGGCCAGAUAAAGCUGGAGAAGCUCUGCUAUCCUGUUCGAGACAUAAACCCCCACAUCAAAGAGAACCGCUUGCCUGGAGCUCUGAGGCAGCUCCGCCGCUUCACCCAGGCUGACAUCUGUCCCAAUUACACCAUCACUUAUAAUGUGGAAGCAGAAUCUCCAGGACCUUUUGCAGUUAAUGAUUCCAGUUCAGAGUUGGUAGUCACAGCACCUGUGGACCGCGAGGAGAAGGAGUUCUACCGGCUGAUCAUAGUGUGUAACGUGCGGACACCGGAUAUGGUGCACAAGCUGGAGACCCCUCUGCAUAUCAACAUCUAUGAUGAGGAUGACACGGCACCUUAUGUGAACGGCACAGAUUCUGAGGAUGUGCUUAUAGAAUUCAGCCGCAGUGAGGGCACUGUGUUUGGACAUCUGUUCGUUUACGACAGAGACACGACCCCUAGUUAUCCCAAGGACCAGACUGAAAAUAGGUUUGUGGGGACCUUAAUGACAAAUGACUCCUGGAUCAAAGACACUUUUACCAUUCUACACGAGUUCAGGGAGGAGAAAGCCAUGUUCGGGAAUGUGCGGGGGACAGUCCAUGAAUACAGACUGAAUCUAAGCAGGAAUUUGACAGUGGAGGAGAAGCGCUCUUUCCAGUUGGAUUACCUAGUUAAUGACACCACCUACCCGGGCACUGAGGGGACUGUCAUGCUGCACUUUAAUAUCACCAUUCUGCCUGUUCCUAUUCAAUUCAGCAACAUCACCUACGUCUCUCUGUCUCGGAAAUCAACACUCUACUCCCAGAUUGGAAAAGUAUGUGUGGACAAUUGCCUGAAGUUCAAAGGUAUAGAUAUUGCAUAUGAGAUAGAAAUCGCCGACCGGAACGUCUCUGCUGAUGUGCUGUCCUGCUACAGUGCGGUCAGUGUGGCUCGGAGUCUAGAGGAAAUGUCAGGGGUUCUUUAUGUAAACGACACAAAGCCGUUUCAAAGACAGGAGUGCUUUCAAGAUCUGGAGUUCGUCCUCAUUGCUAAAGAGCAGCAGAGGCACCUUGAGGCAAAGACUCAGCUUCUCAUUAGAUUUGAAGGCGAAGUGGUGGUUCCGAGAUCAGAGAAGCAGCAGUCACUGGCCUGUGCGGAGAAAAGACAGCGUGGGGAUUGUGAGGCAUUCAGAGGCCUGGGGGCUUCUACUGGGAGAUGUCAGUGGAGACAAGGCACAGAUAAAGUGAUAUCAGAAAAUUACUCCACGUGUUCUCCAGACCUGCGCACAUGCCCAGACGGAUACUGUGAUGUGAUUGAGAGCAAAAAUAUAUCCAUCUGUCCUCAGGACUGCACCCGUGAGCCUAUUAUUGGGGGCCAUGAGAGAGGCCUGAUGCUUGGCAUUAAAGCAGGGCAUGGAACGUGCUACUGCUAUUCAGAGAAAUGUUUCUGUGAGCAGGAUGAGAUGGAAGAGGCAAUAUGUGACGACAUGUGUAAGACCAUCAUUGCCACAGCAGUUCUUCUGUCCUUCAUCGUCUCCAUCCUCCUCUCCUCCUAUUUCAUCCAUCGCUAUCACAAGAACACACCCAAACCCCCAAUCGCUUCAGCUGAGAUGACCUUCCGUAGGCCUGCCCAGUCCUACCCUAUCAGUUACUCAGCCAACAAUGUUAGGCGAGGUUCUCUGGACUCCAUGGAGAACCAGGUGGCCAUUGACACCUUCAAAAUACCUGAGGAUCCAAAGUGGGAAUUCCCACGAAAGAACUUAGUUCUGGGUAAAACUCUUGGAGAGGGAGAGUUUGGGAAAGUUGUGAAGGCAACAGCAUUCCGGCUCAAAGGAAAGGCAGGAUACACCACAGUGGCUGUGAAAAUGUUGAAAGAAAAUGCCUCUCACAGUGAACUUCGUGACCUUUUAUCAGAAUUCACUCUGCUCAAGCAGGUCAACCACCCACAUGUUAUAAAAAUGUAUGGAGCUUGUAGCCAGGAUGGUCCGUUAUAUCUGAUUGUUGAAUAUGCCAAAUAUGGAUCCCUGCGGAACUUCCUGAGAGAGAGCCGGAAAGUUGGACCCAGCUACAUGGGUAGCGAUGCCAACCGUAACUCCAGCUACCUGGAGAACCCAGAUGAGAGAGCUCUCACCAUGGGAGACCUCAUCUCCUUUGCCUGGCAGAUCUCCAGAGGAAUGCAGUACCUGGCUGAAAUGAAGCUCGUUCACAGGGAUCUAGCAGCAAGGAAUGUUCUGGUAGCAGAGGGGAGAAAAAUGAAGAUAUCAGACUUUGGUUUAUCCCGAGAUGUUUAUGAGGAAGAUUCAUAUGUAAAGAGGAGCAAGGGUCGUAUUCCUGUGAAAUGGAUGGCUAUUGAGUCCUUGUUUGAUCACAUAUACACCACACAAAGUGAUGUCUGGUCUUUUGGGGUGCUGUUAUGGGAAAUUGUGACCCUUGGUGGAAACCCAUAUCCAGGCAUUGCUCCUGAGCGGCUCUUCAACCUCCUCAAAACAGGCUACAGGAUGGAGAAACCAGAGAACUGCACUGAAGAAAUGUAUAGUCUGAUGCUUCGCUGCUGGAAGCAAGAGCCAGACAAGAGGCCCACCUUCUCAGAGAUCAGCAAAGAGCUGGAGAAGAUGAUGGUGAAAAGCAGAGACUACUUGGAUCUUGCGGCCUCCACGCCUGCAGAUGCUCUGCUAUAUGACGACGCCCUCUCCGAAGAGGACACUCCCCUUGUGGACUGUAAUAACGCCCCUCUCCCUCGAACCCUCCCCUCCACUUGGAUUGAAAACAAGCUCUAUGGCAUGUCAUACCCGAACUGGCCUGAGAAGAGCCCGGUACAGCUCAACAGACUUGAUGCCACUAACCCAGUCUUUACAAGAUAUGCCAAUGAUAGUGUUUAUGCAAACUGGAUGGCUUUGCCUUCUCCCGCAAAAAUUAUGGACAAGCUUGAUAGCUAAAAAAAUGCAGACCAUGAAAACGAAUGGUGGAAAUGGCUAAGAAGGGAAGAUAUGUAAAUGUAUAAUAAACUGUAUAUAAGUUAUACGAUGCUAAAGUUGAUUCCCUUUUAUUUCUGUUGCACGAGCUUUCUGUGUGGAAAGAGGCAAUUGACUGCAAAUUGGCUGGAAUUACUCAAAAUAUUUCACACGCAGCUCGUAGGUAUGUUAAUCAUUACCUCAAGGCCCUGUCGGCCAUGUUGUAUCAUUGCAUGACUGUGUCCACAGUUUAAUGUCUAUGUUAAAUGUCUUUCAAGUGCCUGUGCCGCUUCUAUUAUAGCCUCCAGUUAUAAAUGCAAGACAGAGAAGAUCUUGAUUCCAGCCCAGAAAUUAAAGGGAGAUUCUUUACCAUCAACUCUUCUAUUUUUAUUUUUAUUUCUUGCCAAUGACUGUACAAGGAAUGGAUGCAAGUUUCAUCUAGAGAAGUAAAGCUGUUUCUUCAGUGUGAAAGGAACAUGUACUUUUUGCCAAAAAAUAAGUAUGCCACAGAAAUUUGUCACAAAAAUCAAGUAUCAAGUACAGUAUCUCUGUGGUACCUCUGGGAUAUUAAUUUGAGUUUAAACUACAGCUGUAUUGAGUUUAAUGUCUCAUGGCCGGUUAUGUCUAAAUCCUUGUGAAGACAUUCUUUGUGCAACAGUUAUAACAAUGCAGAUGAGUGUGAUUCCUUGUUAUGUUGUUAUAAUGUAAUUAAUUUACAAUCAAUAAAACUGUUAGAAGA